UACAUGCACGGAGCGUUUUGCUGGAUCGUGGAAUACAGGGAGAUGGACACAAAAAGUUUAAGUGAAAGAGAUAUAGUCGUCAUUCCUGGUUGUAGCAUUCCCACAGAUCCAUUCAUCUUCAGCCAAUCAGUGUUCAGCAAACAGGUACUGUGACAGAUACCACACCUAUGACAGGCACCAGCACGUGGAGGAAGGGACAAGAAGGUGGAGAAUAGAUACAAAGAGUUUGUACUGGUGUAAGGAAGACUGUCACCAGUUACAAGGAGGGGAAAAAAAGACAGGGACUGGUUCAAGAAUUUGAAUGCAAUUUAAUGUGGAUUCUUUUGAAAAGGGCACAGAAAGUUUAGAUCAGCAAGGAAACAACAUAACAAGGACUCACUGUCUGAGAAGAGGAGAGACGCGGAAUAAAGAGUGUGGAGGAUGGACAGAUGGCUGAAUGAAAUCCAGAAGCAUCCGGCCCUGUAUGUCUUGUGUUGUUCUGUAAUCUUCAGGAUCCUUCACAGGUUCCUGCAGACUGUGCCCAGUCCCGGGACGGUGGAAACAGACCCCUGGAGGACGUGGAAAUGGAGGAACCUCUCAGUGUCACUCGUUCACUCACUGCUGACUGGCAUCUGGGCCGUCACCUGUGUCAUACAGCAUCCUGUGAUGGUGCAUGAAAUCCACUCCACCUACACCCCAUCAGCAUACAUGCUAGUCGUCGUCUCAUCUGGGUACUUCAUUCAGGACGCUGCUGACAUUAUCUUUAGUGGGUACGCAAAAGCAUCUUGGGAGUUUUUACUUCACCAUGUUAUGGUGAUCUGGUGUUUCCUGUAUGCUGUGUUCACACAUCAGUAUGUGGCAGGUGCAGUGGUGGCUUUAUUUGUGGAGGUGAACAGUGUGUUUCUACACACCCGUUUAUUGCUCAAACUGGCCAAGGUGGCCCGGAACUCUUUCAUCUACACCGUCAACAAACUGUUCAAUGUGGUGACCUACAUGACCUUCCGGCUUGGAGCACAGUUUUAUCUCACCUGGUACCUCAUACACCACUACUCAUCGUUGGAUCAUGCCCUCUACUUCUUGAUCACCAUGAUGCUCAUGAACAUCAUGAUUCUCAUCUAUUUCUACCGCCUCCUCCGAACCGACUUCUUCAGCAAGGGGCGUUCUCACAAUAGUGGUCGCAAAUUUGCUGAGGACUAAACCAACAGAGGCUGAUGUCUAUCAGUCCUAAACCAGACUGUUAACACAACAUUUAUCCAUAGGAAGCCUGAACUGAAUGAGCAAACCUCACCAGAGAGAGUCUCAUGUGAAUCAGAGACAUUUAAAGUUUUCACUUUUUAGAAUAAAACUUAAACGCUAUAAAAAAUUAAACUCAACAAGGGUCAAGUAGCCAAUUGUUUAAGGAUCUGUUAGCACAGACGAGUUUUACACUGCAAAAAGUGAUUUUCUUACUCAGUAUCGUGUUUUCCAGUACAAAUAUCUAAACAUUCUUACAUCAAGAAACAUUUACUUGAGCAAAAACAUGACCUUAGAUUUUAAAGGAUUAGUUCACCCAAAAAUGAAAAUGCGCUGAAGAUUUUCUCACCUUCUGGUAAACCAAGAUGUAAAUGAGUUUGUUUCUUCAUCAGAACAGAUUUGGAGAAAUUUAGCAUUCACUUUCAUGGAUCCAUCUGCAGUGAACGGGUGGCGUCAAACAUCACAAUAUUCCGCCAGUAAUCCACACGACUCCAGUCUAUUAAUUAAAAUCUUGUGAAGCAAAAAGGCUGUGCAUUUGUAAGAAACAAAUCCAUCAAGGAAUUUUUACUUCAAACUGUCUUAACUUAUAUCUUAGAUGUCCGAAGGGCAAGUAGAGUUGAGCUAAUUUCCAUUUUUCUGUUAAUUAUUCCUUUAAAUCAGCUUUUUUUUUAAAAAUAAAUCAACUAUAAAUAAAUUUAACUAGCGUUAAAAACAGAAGAAAAAAUCUGCCAGUGGGAUAUGUUCAUACACAAUUGGCAGAUCAUUUCCAGAGA